AUGGUAACGGUAAUAUAUGAUAAUAGUAAUAGCAAUGGUACUGGCACGUUAAUAGCCAUAGUUAUGAUAAAUUUCCUCUUCCUUUUGCUACUCAUCACCACAAUCAUUCGUCCAAUUGACGGUUUCGGUUUCGAUUCCGCCAAUUCAUGCACCAUACACACACCGAAACUUUCGCGUCGUGGACGAGCGCAAAUACUCGCCGCCAUACCUUGCGACCUAACGCGGCAAGCCUACUGUCAUCUACCCGGCUCUGCAUAUCCGUGGCAUGCAGUACGUCGAUUCGUACACGAAAAUCAUGGACUCAUGAAGCGCAUGUACGGCGAUGUGCGACAUAUUUCGGUGCUGCGCGACGAGAUACUCUACAAUGAGAUCGAUGUUGAUGAUGUUGAAGAUGCUGCAGAACGUUAUUCGAAAGAGCCGCAUAGAGCGCGUGCGGCUAAGUAUAUGCAUGCGGAGGGAGAAGAAUAUGCAGGUAAUAAAAACAAAGAUGUGCUAUUGGAACCACAUUUUCGGCCGGUUUCUACAACGACGACGACAACGACGGCAAUACCGGAAGUGGGAAAAGAAGCGAACAUACAGGGGCCUAGUGAAAAGGUGGAAGCCAAGAUGGAUGAGGGGCAGCCUUUGAAACCUACGCAUAGACGAAGAACAAAUAUGAGCUUCAAUGGAGGCGGGCAUAGACGGCGCAUUAAUGUCUAUGUUAAUCGUAAUAGACCAACACAUUCCUCUCUACGACGACGCACAACUAAAAUCACCACCACGACAACGACUACGGAGGAACCGAAAUUGUCGGGAGAAAACACUGGCGCGACUAGUGAAACGGUGCUGCAUGAAGAAACCAUACUCGAAAUACCCGAAGACGAUGGUAAUCUCGCCUCGAAUAGCGUUUACGAAAUACCCACCUCACCGGCAAUGACGCUGCACAUGGGUGACAAUAUACAAAUAAUUGAAUCACCAAAGCUCGGGCAGCUGCAGAAACCACUAACUGAACAUAGAAAUAAUUCCGAGUCUGCAACCAUCUCCACAACACUCAAGGUGGUUACCACACCCACAACUGCAUUAGGAACUGCACACAAUGAAGCGCCCGACUCACCGGCGCCCGUCGCACCCACACCUCUACAACAAAAUCCAGCAUACCAUACGGAACAACAACGGCCUGCACAGCAACAGCCAACGCAUAAUCUCAAAUUGCAACAAGUGAAUGGACUACAGCCAAUAUUUGUUGCGGGCGAUGGAAAAGAAAGUGUGACUUUAAAAUCAAAACCGGCCAAUGAAAGUGAACGUACUCAAAGUGCCACAACGCUUGCUCCCAAGCUAGACAGCAGUACAUCAGCUCAGCAGUCGAACACAGCCGCCGCUGAUGAUGCAGACAUCACAACGGACGCCGAUAAUGGGACAACGCAAUCAAACGGCGGCGGCGCAACUAGUGCAGACAUAAACGCGCCGACAGCUCCAACAGCUGCAACUGCAGUGGCCACAGACCCAUUCGCGGCAUUAGCAGCACACCUUAGCAACCAACAGCACGCUUUUGAUGCGAAUAAAGCCGAUUUGCCGCCCGUUACAGUGUUGAGCGAGCAAGCGGUUGUGCCAACAACAGCCGCCACGAAAUUCACCUCAACACAGGCAGAGUUAUCUGCGGCAGCUAAACCUACAAUAGCGUCAAGCACUGCAACAACCACCGACGCGAAGGAGGAACAAGCUCAUGUUGAACAGAUUGCUGGCGAGAAAUUUCAAAGACCACAAUCGGCGCCGGCACAGACAACACCGUCCGCGGCUGCUGCUGCUGCUGCUGCGUCUACAAAACCGGUGCUGCGCGACGGCCAGUUAUAUCAAGAUGCGCUUAAACAGGAAGUGAAGGUCGGUCCCAAUAUGCGUGGCAUCAACGCCUGUCCCGUUAAGGAGGAGGUGGUUGCACCAUUUUGGGCCAACAAUACCCGCGGCGAAGUGCUCGCCCUGCUCAAUGUCUAUCCUUUCGAGCAGUACGUGCACUGGGAGAAGUGCACACAGGAAAAUCGUCAGAUGUACUGUCGCGACGGUUGCCGCUGCGAACAGCAAUAUCGCCUACAUCGUUUACUCGCCUACGAUCCGCACAACGAAUGCCGUGGCAUUUUCUCCGAUUGGUUUCGUUUCCCGUCUUGUUGCAUUUGCAAAUGCUAUGGCAUGCCAAUGGAGUUUCGUGCCACAUCACGUAGUCCUCGUUCCGAGCGUAUGGAUGAUUUUGAGACGGGAGUGGAAGAGACGGAUUUUGAUGAUGAUGGCACUGUGAGUGACGAAGAGUUCGUGGAAUCGUCAGAGGAGCAGCGAUCGCGGCAUCCUAUAGAUGUUGCGGAGCAACUAGUACGACAGGCGAUCUACGAACAUGCUACUGAAGACUGGUAUCGACCUAAAGAGGAAUUUGAUAUUUACGAAGGUUAAUAAUGUGAUGAGAGUGAAGUAAGUGAUUGGAGGAAGUGGAGAUGUAAGCUAUCUUGCAUCUUUUUUGCAUUUGAAAUCAUAAACUGGCGCUAUGCUGAAGAGACUUACAUAUAAAGUGAAGCGUGUUCAGUUAAAAGUACAGAGGCUUUGCGAUUACGAAUACACUUUAGAGAGAUUAGAAAGAUGCGCGAAAGAAAGUGGCAAGGCUACCAGUUCAAUAACAACAUUUUGUUACUCGGAGAAAUUUAUAAUAAGUAGUAUACAAUUGUCUUCAAAUUA